AUGGAAAUGGAAGGAUUUGAUCAUGUUACAUUUUGGGUUGGUAAUGCAUUACAAGCAGCAACUUAUUACAUUGCUAGAUUUGGAUUUCAAAAUUUAGCUUAUAGUGGUUUAGAAACUGGUAAUCGUCAAUUCGCCACUCAUGUUAUCCAUCAAAACAACAUUAUUAUGGCUUUUACAUCACCAUUAACUGGUGACAACAAAGAUUAUGCAGACCACAUGAUGAGACAUGGUGAUGGUGUCAAAGAUAUUGCUUUCAACGUUAAAGAUGUACAACACAUUUAUGAUGAAGCAGUUAAAGCAGGAGCUCAAUCAGUUAAAGAACCACAUCAAAUUAAAGACGAACAUGGUAUUGUUACAUUAGCAACUAUCAUGAGUCCAUAUGGUGAAACUACACAUACUUUUGUUGAUAGAUCUCAAUAUAAAGGUGCAUUCUUACCAGGUUUCACAUACAAGGUCGCUUCAGAUCCAUUAUCAAAUAUCACCGAACCAGUUGGCCUCAACUUAAUAGAUCAUGUCGUUUCAAAUCAUGCAGAUAAAAUGAUGGAACCAGUCGUUCAAUGGUACGAAAAGGUUUUACAAUUCCACCGUUUCUGGUCAGUUGAUGACAAAACCAUUCAUACCGAAUAUUCAUCAUUAAGAUCAGUCGUAGUUGCUGAUAAGUCUGAAAAAGUUAAAUUACCAAUUAAUGAACCAGCCAAUGGUAUUAGAAAGAGUCAAAUUCAAGAAUACGUAGAUUUCUACAAUGGUGCUGGUGUUCAACAUAUCGCCUUAAAGACUGAUAACAUCAUUGAUGCUAUCUCAAAAUUAAGAUCUCGUGGUGUCUCUUUCCUCACUGUUCCAAAAACAUACUAUACAUCACUCAGAGAGAAAUUACAACACUCUUCAUUAGAAAUUAAAGAAGAUUUGGACACUUUAGAGAAAUUACACAUUUUAAUCGAUUAUGAUGACAAAGGUUAUCUUUUACAAAUCUUUACAAAUAAUGUUGAAGAUAAACCAACUGUUUUCUUUGAAAUUAUCCAAAGAAACAACCAUGAUGGUUUCGGUGCUGGUAACUUUAAAUCCCUCUUUGAAGCAAUCGAAAGACAACAAGAAACUCGUGGAAACUUAUAG